ACGGCGGCCGAAGAGGCCACCGCGUGCUGCGCUCCCGCCCACUCUCCGGUCUCGGCCGCUCUCCAGGGCGUCUGUAAACACACCCAGAGACUGUCAUGGAGGGGGAGGAGGAGGUGGCGGCGGCGAAGGGAGGCGAUUGGGGCCGCCUCCAGGGUCCGCUCUGCCAUUCCUGAACUGGUCCCUCGUCCCCGUGACUGUGGCAUCAGGGAAGCGAACUGUUAGGCGAGAGGAGGAGGCAGUCAGAACCAUAUCCCCUUCUUCCCCGGGGCGGGGGCCGGGCCGGGCCGGCUGAGCCGGGGGAGGGCCCGGGGAGGGAGUGCCUGGCCGGGCCAGCCAGUCUGCCGAGAUGGAUGACAGUAAGGUGGUUGGAGGCAAAGUAAAGAAGCCCGGUAAGCGUGGUCGGAAGCCAGCCAAAAUUGACUUGAAAGCAAAACUUGAGAGGAGCCGGCAGAGUGCAAGAGAAUGCCGGGCCAGAAAAAAGCUGAGAUAUCAGUAUUUGGAAGAGUUGGUAUCUAGUCGAGAAAGAGCUAUAUGUGCCCUCAGAGAGGAACUGGAAAUGUACAAGCAGUGGUGUAUGGCAAUGGACCAAGGAAAAAUCCCUUCUGAAAUAAAGGCCUUACUCACUGGAGAAGAGCAGAGCAAAUCUCAGCAGAACUCAAGCAGGCAUACCAAGGCUGGGAAGACAGACGCUAAUAGCAAUUCCUGGUGAAGAUCAUAUAGAACAAUGAGCCAGUGAUUGAAGGCAAUAUCCUGAUUCCCACGGAGGAUGGAUGGGCAAGAGCGUACUUCUUGGCUCCAUUUACUACCUACUGCUCAGUAGUCAUCUCUGUAAAUCUGCAGUUUCUACCAAAAUGUUUGAUCAUAGGUCUCAAAGGAUCUUGCUUUAACUUUCAACACGUAGAAAAUUUAUAAACAUUCAGGCUUGUUUUGGUUGGUGUUGCCACCCAUGACAUUUAACAUAUUGUGAUGCUUGAAAACACGAAUAGAGAAAAAUGGGUGAAGAUUAUAUUUUUGCACCUUAGCUCCACAUUGCUUUAUUGGUUAAUUUAUAUUCUUUCCAUGUAAUUCAUGUAAUUAUACGUGUAAAUGUGUUUAGGUAUCACCUCCUUUUCUGUUUUUGAUUGCCCUACAAAGAGAAACCAAAUGAGCUGAUUACUCACUGUAAGUUCUCAGCCUUUAUGGACCUAAUCGUAUAUCUUUAUAUUUACUUGAGCAAUGUUUAUUUUCUGCAUGAACCAUGAUUUCUCCUGUGAGCCAUUCCAGCAUAAGCUGUGAAUAUGUAUUAACAAAUAUAUACAUUUCUAUUUUUAUAAUCCUUAAUGACAUGCCUGUUUUAAAUAAUAUACGUUAACGAAAUCUAUCAGGAAAACCCUCAAGACAGCCUCUAUUUAAAACUUUUUUUUGCUGUCUUCAACUAUAUUUAUAAAAGUUUGUUAGGGCCAAAUCCAUACUUGGAGAAUAAUUUGUCAAAUUUUAUUUUUAAGUGAGAAGUAACCUUUCAGGCAUUUCAGCAGCAUACAUUAGCUUGACAACCUAGAGUAUGUAUGUAUGUGUUUCUAUUGUAUGUCUGUACAUGUAUGUGGGGAGGAUAGGAGUGAAUGUUCACACAUUUUCCUGUGUACUCAAGUAAAUCGGAGGAUUUUUCUGAAGAAAAUAGGAAGAAACUAGGUGCUGAGAUUAAGGUUUCUGCCUUGAAAGCUGAAACAACAGAAGGGACAAAUUGCUGGUAGAUCUAUGGCUGUAGCCAUAACCAGAACACUUAGUUUCUUCCCUGCCAAGAAUUUCCUUAUGAAUGUGUCUGAGCCAGAAAGAAGCAUACUGGGCAUGCAUCUGGGUCAGCCCUGGCUAUGCCUCCAGUGUGGAGUGGAGCACUGAAGCUGAAGCUGUGCACAGCACCGCAGCUCGUGGGCCUGGCCAGAGGUACAGAAGGGCAGAGUAGCUCUUUCCAGUCCCCAUCACAGCUACAUUUACUUUCUUCCUGACCACCAAAUGGAGUGAUGGUUGAGGAAUCGAGGUCAUAAUAUGAUACACUCAGACAGACCUAGGAAGCUUUUGAUUUUCCCAGUGAGAUACUUUAUCACUCUCUCUUCUCUUUGCCAUGGUUAAAACAGGAGUCAUGUUUUCUAUUGCUGCUAAAUUAUAAUUGUUCUUCACUCUAAUGAAGCAACUAUUUGGCUUUCAAACAAAAUAUGUUUUGUUAUAAACUGGCAGUUUAAGAGGAGGCACCAUAAUCUAGAUUUUCUUUGAGGUAGAAGAUGAGAUGGACCACAUAGCUGAAGAUUAUGAGGUACUUUUCCCCCUUCUCUCAGGCUGUGCAUUUGAAUAAAGUGCCCCCUUAGCCUGAGUUCCUAAAGACCUCUUGUGUGUAGGUUGCAAUCUCUAAUUUACUUCAGUCUAGUUGUGUGUGACUACUGAUAAACCACUAGCCCAGCUUGUUGGGUCUCUCUGUGUUUUGGAAGAUUGGGGGUUUAAGAGUAUUUAAUGUCUUUUUAGGAUCAUAAAUAGAAGUAGAUUAAGGAUUGUUGAUAUUCAGGCCUUCAAAAUUUAAGUGUUUUAAAUAUAGUGUUUAGAUUGUAAUUGGGUAUGUUUUUGCCAUCUGGUCUACUCAAUUGUAUAUUUUUAUUUUGCAAAACAACCCAAGACUUUAUGUUGCUUUGUUCAGUACCUUUUGAAUUCCCCAGAAGAGUUGUUUUCAAAGUAAACAUUCCAAAAUGAAUGUGGCUCUUCGAUGGAAUGUCUCUAUUGUGCUUGAAGUAUUUCUUCUCUGGUUGUAAUUCUAAAUUACAGGGUCAUUUGAGCUUCCCCCCCAACCCCAGUAUCUUUACAAGAGCAGUGAUUUUGUCCUCAGGUAGAGGAUGUGUAAUUUGGGUGAAGGUUAAUUACAAUUCAUUUGAGUUUAUUCCUAAACCUAUCUAUUUGGUAUUUUGGAGUAGAUCAAACCAAGGGAAAGUUCCUUGGUCUUAAAAAGGAAUGUUUUGAUUGCUUCGGGUAUUGUGCUGGCUGCACACUGUGGCCACUUUGAAGCGUGUUCAUAAAUGUCACUGAUUAAAACAGCUGGAGCAUUUCCUGCCCCCUUCCACUUAAGGAGCAGCAUACUGAAAUCCUGCCACCUCGCACUCACCUGGAUAACAAGAAGGCCGAGAGAAUCAGGGAGUUCAGGAGAAGGUGCUGUUCUCCUUGCUCUCUGAGUAAACAGAAGAAUGUUUUCUUUUCCUUUUUUUCCCCCCAAAGAAAGAUAAGGGGGGAAAUAUAUUUGUAUUUAGACCAGUCAUAGUCUGUCAUUAUUUUAGCAUCAACCUGCUGUAAAUUAGAGCAACUGAAUAUAAUAUGGAAUAAGUUUGACCAGGUCUACUUUUAGUAUAUAGUUGAAAUUCUUUAAAAAAUUUUUCUAUUUUAUCUAAAAUCUAUUAUAUCUAAAUCAGAACUAUCUUAUUACAGCAGAUUCAUAUCAGUUUACCAGCUAAUUGACAGUAGUUAUCAGCAUCACUAUUUAGUAUUUUAUCAUCUUUGAAUUAUGAUAGCUUUGAUUUGGCUAAUUACAAAAAGUAUAGGUUUAAACUGGACUUACCUUUAGUUAAUUUAAAGGCAAAGAAGAUUUGAAAAUGUAAAUGCUAUAUUUCACAAGAAAUCAGUUGCUUAUUAUCAAUUACAUAUUUAGUUUUUAAAAGGAGGACAAUGACUGUUAAACCACAUGGUAUUUUGGGAGCAUUGAAGGAACUUUUUGAAGAGCAUUGUACAAUGAUAUUUUUAUGGAAAAUAAAAUAAAAUAUCUUCAGAGACAUC